CCAGUCCGUCUGGUGGUGGGAGUGGUCCUCAUGAAGGUCGUGUCGAGAUCUACUACCAGGGAGCAGUGGGUGCACUGUCUGUGAAAUUAAAUUGGGAUAUUGUUGAUGCAGAGACGUGGUGUGUAGGCAGCCUAGGCCUACUCUCGGGCCACUAGAGCCUCGGUCCUGCUGAUGUUUGGAGAGGGAAGUGGACCCUUUGGUUGCCAUACCUCAACUGCAUAGAUGGUUGAGAGUCAUUGGAUCCGUGUUAUCAUGGAGAGUGGGGUGAUAUGUCUGACGUGUUACCACUACCGAGAUGACUGACUCAGUUGUUCAGGUAAUGAUACAGGACUACUGCCCAUUUCGUCGCCUCUGAUGCUGCAACAGAGUAUGAGGGUCUUGUUGAGAUCCUACUGGAUGGUCAUCUCGGGGAGUGUGUGUCGGAGACGCUGGACCAGGAGGGCAUGCUGCCUGUUGUCUGCAGACGACUGGGACUUUGCCAGUGAAGGAGCUGACACUCUUCUGUCCUGCUUACUAUGGGGAGAGCUCCGGUCCAAUUUUGCUGAGUAAUGUGGAGUGCUCGGGACGGAGUUGUAUUUGAAGGACUGUCCAAGCUCUGGACUCUACAACACGCUGUACCCACUCCCAGGAUGUGGAGUUCGCUGCCUCUGCUGCUCCCAGUCUCUGAGUUUUCCAACCCUGUUCGUCUGGUGGUCAAUGGCUCCCAUGUCUCUACGACGAGGGUACAGUGAGAUCUACUACAACGGAGCUUGGAACACCAUCUGUGAUACAGAAUGGGACAUGGCUGAGGCCAUAGUGGCCUGUCGCAUGCUGGGAUUUAGAACUGCCUCCGGUGCUUAUUCCAGAUCUUUCUUUGGGUACGGGCGUCCAUCUCGACUGGAGGAUAACGUGAGGUGUGAUGGGACAGAGAGUGAACUGAGUGACUGCUUCUACCAGGAUCAGUAUCUUUAUGGCUGUGGCUACGAGAAUGCUGCCGGCAUUUCCUGCACUGAUGACACGGCACCAGUCCGUCUGGUUGGUGGGAGUGGUCCUCAUGAAGGUCGUGUUGAGAUCUACUACCAGGGACAGUGGGGCACUGUCUGUGAUGAUGGAUGGAGCCGGACCGAUGCUAAUGUGGUGUGUAAGCAGCUUGGCUAUGAUGGAGCCAUUUCAACACCGUAUGGGUUUGGACAGGGAUUAUUAUCGAGAAAGAUUUGGUUAAAGAGAGUUGCCUGCACUGGCUCUGAACGUGCACUGGACUUGUGUCCUCAUGCUGGAUGGGGACUCACCUACCCCUGUGCUAAUCGUGAUGCAGGGGUAGAAUGCGAAGAGUGUCGCAGUGACAACUUCAGUUGUUCAGGUGGAGGUUGUGUCUCUGGGAGGACUGUCUGCGAUGGUGUUGCCCAAUGCAAUGACAACAGUGAUGAGCUCAACUGUGUUUGCCUCCGCUACCAAUAUCAGUGCUCAAAUGAUGAAUGUGUUGAUGGGAGUGAUGAGUGCGAUGGGAAGGAAGACUGUUCAGAUGGUUCAGAUGAAAUGGACUGUUCCGUAAUUGACCCAUCAUCAUCAUAUCAUUUUCUGGACAAUUUGAGGUUAUGAUGAUAAUCAUCGUCUCAAUAUUAGUGUGCUUGUGCUGUGCUGUUUGCAUACCAGGCGUAAUAGUAGGCUACUACUGUAGUCGCUCAAAGGCUAAAUCCCGACCUACAGCACCAGCAGCUCGAAACACAUUGGGAGUAUAUGAAGUUUCUUUUUUGUCAGAGCCCAGUGCUCGCAAUCCAAUACCACCAGUUGGACCCAGUGAUUUCCCACCAGUUGGGCCCAGUGAUUUCCCUCCAGUUGGACCCAGUGUUCACAAUCCAAUACCACCAGUUAGACCCAGUCCAAUACCACCAGUGGAGAUGGGCAGACUGCCUGAAGGGAUACGAGAGACCCAGUUCCAUGAACCCUACACAUCUCGGUCAAAUGCUCCGCCAUCGUAUGAUGAAUCAGUUAGAAUGCCUUACAACCCUUCCAUGCUUCAGGGACAGUCCAACUCACUGCAACAGUUUUCUAAUCUUGGGCAGCGGGAGGAAGAGCGUCCACCUCCUUACACUCCUGCACCCCCCACCCCCGAGACUUUUAGCCGUCUCCCUGCUCACCCGAGUGCACCACCUGUUGUUGACUUGAGACAGGGAGUGGGCACUGAGCUCCCCCCAGGCCUUCCUUCUGCCCCACCUCUGACUGAAUCUUCACAACAAGAACCUCACCCACCCAGUGCUCCUACUCUGGAAGACAGUACUGCACCAGCUGUGGAAUCCAGCACAAGACUCUGAACUACUUUCCACGUUUUACAAUCCUAUUUUUUGAACAUUUUCAGCAAAUUUUUAAGCACCUUUCCCAUAAUUGUGUGCAGGUAAAGAGUAGACUUGAUCGAUAAUAAUUAUCGUUCACUAGCUAUGUGCAAUGGUACUGCUUGGCGUAGUGGUCCUAAUAAUUUACUAUGGUUGUGUU